AUGACUUUAAAUGAAGAACACUAUGCAACAGCUAAAAGAAUUAUCUCUGCGUCUUCUAUGAAAACGUUCAACAAAGGAUAUUCCACUCAGAAUGCCAAAUUCACAAAAUUGACUUCCUUUGGUCAGACGCAUCGCAGACAAGAAGAUUUGGCCAGUCAUCCACUACAACACACUGUUAUCAAUAUGAGUGCUAGAAGACUUACGUCGGUUGAAGAUGUGUUGGCUCUUGGAUUGAAUUUCGCUGUGGUACCCUGUUUUCUUCCUAAAGAAGAAUUUGUACAACGUUUGGAACCAAAGUUAUACCACAUGACGAACAAUGCAGCUAGUAACAUCUGCAUCUAA